AUGUUCCAAAUUCAUUGCCCUGCAUGGCCCAUUACUUUCAUUGAAUUGCUCGGCUUUUGCCCGUUCCUCUGCUUCACCGUUUGGUUGUCGUGUCGCAGGUGUUACGAAACCCCAGCAACACCAAUUUGUCUCGGUCACUUUGUUGGAUCUGGCCUCCACUGGCACGCCACUAAUGCCCUUGGCUUUGGAUAUUUACCCUUCAAUGUUCCUCGUCUGAUUGCUUGGCUAGCAUUUCACAACAAAUGCUUGUUUGACGCUAACAUUACCAGGUACCACUGGCGAAUUCUUCGCGAUUGA